UGCCGAGUCCUAACUGUGCCUAGCUUCACAUUGGUCCGCCCAUCGUCAGACGUUGUGACAGCACUAGCCGUUCAUUUUCAGGUGCUGUAGCAGUGAAGAUGGACAUUAGCUCUAGAAUGAAUGGCUUAUUUGCUUUCUGAAGCUAGCGAAAUAAGCUAGCUAGGUAUAUGUGACCUGGAAUGACACUGUUUUCCGCCCCCCUCUAAUCUCCUUGUGAAGGAAGCAAGAACUGGCUAGUCACAGACCACUAAAAUGCACCCUGACUUGGGAAUUUGAACUGCAUCGCUGGGUUAAAUCGUUCAGGCGGCCAUGGCUGGUCUGAUCAAGAAACAGAUCCUCAAGCACCUCUCCAGGUUUGCUAAGAACCUGUCCCCUGACAAGAUCAACCUGAGCACGCUGAAGGGGGAGGGCCAGCUCACCAACCUGGAGCUGGACGAGGAGGUGCUGCAGAGCAUGCUGGACCUCCCCACCUGGCUGGCCAUCAACAAAGUGGGCUGCAACAAGGCCGCCAUCCGGAUCCCAUGGACUAAGCUGAAAACCCACCCCAUCUCUCUGACUCUGGACAAGGUGGUGAUGGAGAUGAGUACCUGUGACGAGCCCCGCCCACCCAACGGCCCGUCUCCCAUAGCAACGGCCUCCGGGCAAAGUGAAUAUGGCUUUGCUGAGAAGGUUGUGGAGGGCAUCUCUCUGUCCAUCAACUCCAUCGUUGUGAAGAUCAGUGCCAAGGCGUUCAACGCCUCCUUUGAGCUGAGCCAGCUGCAGGUGUACUCCGUCAACACCAGCUGGGUCCUCUCGGACCUCCGCUUCACACGCAUCCAUGACCCACACAGAGGAGAGAUCCUGACAUUUAAGGAGAUCAGCUGGCAGAUGAUCCGCAUCGAGGCGGACGCCAUCCAGAGUGCCGAGCACGAGAUACUGAGUGCCCCCAUCCGCCUCAUCACCAACCAGUCGAAGAUCAGAGUCACCCUGAAGAGACGAGCUAAGGACUGUAACGUGGUGGCGUCCAAGCUGGUCCUGAUCCUAGACGACCUCCUCUGGGUGCUCACGGACUCCCAGCUCAAAGCCAUGGUCCAGUACGCCAAGUCCCUCAGCGAGGCCAUGGACAAGUCCGCCCAGCAGAGGAAGAGCAUGGCCACUGAGGACCAGGAUUCCUCGGUGCCGCCCACAGCCCAGCAGGUUCGUGCCCAGCAGGCAUCGUCAGGCUCCGACCAGAGUGUCACCAUGGCCAAGCUGUUCACCGCCUACGACGUGUGCGAGACCUCGCACCACCUGCAGAUCACUCACCUCGACCUGCAUAUCUGCGACGACAUCCACGCCAAGGACAGAGUGAACAAUAAGAGGAUGACCGGUGGGGCCAUGCAGCUCUCCUUCAGCCUCAUCACACUGGACUACUACCCCUUCCACCGCGCAGGUGACAGUUGCCUCCAUUGGAUGCACUACAGCGAGGCCACAAAGGCCAGAGAGGUCUGGGUCAAGAGUUUACUGGAGGAGUUCAAGUCCAACGUGGAGAUGUUGAAGACUGUCAAGAGAGACCGUCAGGGCCUGGUGAACACACACACCUCACCCCAGCAUGGUAAGAUCAGUACUGGUUCGACCAGUGUCCUAAUUCCUCCCCAGACCCCAAAGAGCCAGCUCAUGUCCAGCUCCUUCAUUCUCCGGGUGGCCGAUUUCAGCAUCUACCAGGUGUCCACGGCAGACCAGAGGCGCUCCAGUCCUAAGGCCAUGAUCUCCUGUAAUAAGAAGUCUCUGUACCUGCCACCUGAGAUGCCUGCCGUCCACAUUGAGUUCACUGAGUACUACUUCCCUGACGGAAAGGACUACCCCGUGCCUUGCCCCAACCUGUAUGUGCAGCAGAAUGCCCUGCAGCUGGUUCUGGAUCCCAGGAGCCUGGUGUGGUGCAACCUGUUUGCCCUGGACCUGAGGCAGAGCCUGGAGCAGUUCAUGGAGCUCUACAAGCUCAACGCCGAGGAGCAGAAACCCGAGGAGCACAUGGAUGUCAGGGUGGACGGCCUCAUGCUCAAGUUAGUGGUACCCACGGACAGAGACCCCUCCUACCCCCAGGACCUCCCCCGCUCCAUCUCUGUCCAGUGCUCCGAGAUGGUGGCCACCAAUACCCGUCAGCCCUCCAACUGCACGCGCUCCCACCUCGAAGCCCUCCUCCUCUCCUUCCAGGAAGAGCAGUUCUUUGCCGCCUCCUGUUCCUCCUUCCCUCGCUCCUCCGCCUCCUUUCCGCUGAUCCACCCCAUUUUCCAGCGCCACGCGCACGAGCAGGACACCGUGCUGCAGGACGUGUAUAAAGGGCUGGUGGCUCCCUCGCUGGGAGUUGACGCCCUGAAAAUGGCCGCCGCCACCGACCUGUGGGCGCUUCACUUCGCCCAGUUCUGGGUGGACUACGAGGGGACGCGCGGCGGCAAGGGGCGCCCGCAGCCCUUCGUUGACGCGUUCCCGCUCACCGCGUGGGUGUGCCAGCCGGCCCGACAUGCCCAGCACCAGGAGAGGCUACGGUGCGGGGCUCCCGGAGGGCCCCUGUCCCGGAGUGGGUCCGUGGAUGUGGCAGGACAUCUGCAGAGGAAGAGGCUGUUGAAGGAGUACUACAGUACUGCCGUGUCGGACAAGGACACCGGCGCCACUCUGCCGCCGAGCAACGGGCUUCACGAGCCCCUGUCCCUGGACAACAUCCCCGCCUCUUCGACCCCUUCCAGGAAGGAGGCGGACAUGCACGUUUUAGUGCACGUGCAGAAGCAUUUGAGUGCUCAGGUGAGUCACAGACAGUACAUCUUCCUCAUGCGUCUCCAGCGCAGCCUUAAGGCUUUGCAGCACACCCUGCAGCAGGACCUGGAAGAGAUGGGCUCCAAACGGGACAAGACCAAGGUCACCUCAGAACCCGCUCCGGAUCACCAGCCGUUCACUGCCUGUGUGGGGUUUCUGCUCAGAAGUGCCGAGGUAGCCCUCCUCUUGAAGCCUGUACCCCAGCCCGAGGGUCCCGGCUCUCCUUUGGGGUCCGAGUUGUCCCCCUCGGAGAGUAGAGCCAACCUGGAGGCUGGUUGCGAUGGAGGGGAGGGGGGCAACAGAGGGACCCCUGUGGAGGAGGCUGGCGCUAAGGGAGGCUGUAUGGUGGACCAGCUUCUUUGUGGGGUUAUAGAAGAUGGCGGAAUCACGCAGGGCCCUGCCCCCCUCGUCCCCGCCUCCGCCUCCAACCGAACGGCGUCUCUAGACGAGAGGACUGGGAGAUCGAGUUUGGAGGAGGUGGGAGAGGCUUUGGGGGAGGCCUGGACUGUGGGAGAGGAGCCGGCGGCUGUGGUUAACUGCAAAGCCCAGACAAGUGAGAGCUCUGGAGCUGAGCCCAGCAUCCCAGACCCCAUCUCCAGCAAAGACUGGAACGAGAAGAACCCUGGGGCCAGAAUGCCUCAGUCUGUGUCCAGGAAAGGAAGUUUGUCAGUGGUCUCUGAACUCCUCAGUUCCGCCACCACCCGCUCCACCUCCAUGUGUUCUAUAUCCAACAUCGGUCGUCUGAUGAAGGAGCGUUCCCAGUCCAGUUUCUCUGUGUCAUAUAAGAACAUGAAGAAAAGCCCGUCUCUGCAGUCCUUGGACAACUUGUCCAUAGACAGCUACCUGAUGGAGGACGGAGACACAGACACGUACAGCCUACUGGAGAGAGAUGACAUGUCGAUCUCAGGCUUCAAGGACGCCGUGAGUGAGCUGAGCGCGACAGGGGGCACCGCCGAGGCUAGAGCGGGCACAGUGGAGCCGGACGGCACAGGCUCACCGGACACCGCCAGCGCCACCUCCCAGAGCAUAGACGAACCCACCAAAGACAUGGUGUCGGUGCUGGUUCUGAAGGUGCAGUGUGUGUGCGGGGCGAUGGAGGUGUGCGGGGAGAGCACGGCCGUAGCUCUGGAGGUGGGCCGCAUUAGACCCACGCAGCUAGGCAACGUCAGCCUCCGACAGUAUCUCAGCAACCACAGCCUGGGUCUAGUGCCCCCUGCCCAGGGCAGCCAAGGCAGAGGUCUGGAAACCAGUGCCGAUGGGACUCCCCAUAACCCGGAGGUCCGGGCUCGGCUGGAGAGCGGGCCCUGUGCCGCCGCCCACUCCCCCCUUGCCGAGACCAAUGGUUUCCUCCAGCUACGGGUCCACGGCUACCGGGCCAGCUUCCUUAUGUCAUCGCUUCGGAACCUAGCGCACUUCCUGGAAGAUGACUCCGCCCCCCAGGUCCUCCCCAUGGAGAUCAGUGUGAGGGACACGCACAUCGACCUGAAGGAUGACGGUCCCCGUGACAACCUAUCGGACCCUGAGCCCAGCCCCAUCACCCUACACAUCUCUAACCUGUUGAUCCACAGGACUGACGAUGGAGCCUUCUCCAUUGGGGUGGAAAGUGCGUCUGAAGCAGGUCCUAAAAAAGAGAUGCCAUUGAUUGACAGCUAUGUGUCUCCUGUCUCGGACAUUGUGGGUGUGGUCAGCAGCAUUCCCAAGGCCACACAGACCCCCAUUUCUCCAAGUCCCACCCCAUCCGCCCCCAACAAAGAACAGCUGCUGCUAGAAGAGAAUGAGUGUUUGAAACUGGAGCUCUCCAAAGCAAAGAUGGCUCUAGCUGAGGCUCAAAUGGAGAAAGACUCCCUGUUGCACCGCAUGAAGAGCCUGAGAGUGAACACCAGCUAGGCUAACAGAGAGCCGGUGACCACAGGCCUGUAGUGUUGCUCGUCACCACAGGGGGUCAGCAGAGAAGACAUCAGACAAGCAUCCUACAAACAUUCUACAAGCAUCAUUCAAGCAUCUAUCAGUGAAGGUGUCAGCCAGGUUAUUCACACCUAACCCAAUGAAGGGCUGUUUUGCACGUGCGUGUAUAAACUAGCCUUUACACUCACACAUUUUUUUUCAAAGUGCCCCCAGAAACACACACACACACACAGUCCCUGAAAUCAUGACAGCAGGGCUACCACCUUUGCUUUUCUGCUUCAGCCCACCAUUUCCACCUGGUCUCUUACACUGCGUAUAGGACGUGACCAGCGCACCGUGUUAGAGGCUGUCUUCCCCAGGCUGGGCCUGCAGUACACAUGCUUGUUUUACAUUGACCUGGUUGUUUUUCGUUUGUCUCUGUUCAUGCAGUAAGUUAGUGCUCCAUCUCUCCAGCCACUGAACUUUGCAAGCCUGCGCUGCCGUCUCCUGAAUGUGUAGAGAGAGGGAGGGGGGGGGCGAAGCCACAUGUUUAGAAAGAGGGAGGGGGGGACGAAGCCACAUGAAACAGCCCUUGAGGAAGAAGGGAUGGGUGUUUGUCUAUUGCCCUCCCUGUUGGAUAAACAAUUGGAAUAAGGGCCACCUCAUUGUAUAUCAAGGGAGGCUUGUCUGCUUGGAUGGGGCACUGAAUGUCAUAUUUUGGAGGAAUGUCUUUUACAAAAUUGUUAGUUUAUUUUUUUGCACUGCGCUGGCUGCGACGUAGACCAUGUCAUUUAUAAGUUGUGUAAAAAAAAAAGUAUAGUUAUCAAGCUUUUAACCGACUCUACUUUGUGUGUGUGUAUGGUAAUGUACUUGAUGAUGUACAAAAAACACACACACACACACACACAAGAAUGUUUUCUACAAAAUUCUGAAUGAUUGCACAAUUUGACAUGUUUGUGUGUUUUUCAUGUUACUAAAACAAGCACUAUGUUGAAAAUUAAAUAUACACAAUUAUA